GUACCAGCGCCUCAACUUCUCUCCCUUGGGACACUGUCCAAACGCCAGGGCCAUAGGCCAAGCUGAGCGAUGGGUGCUGAGGAGAAGGUGCUGGUCACACUAUCAGGGGGAGCCCCCUGGGGCUUCCGACUUCAGGGUGGGGCCGAACAGAGGAAACCCUUACAGGUGUCCAAGAUCCGAAGACGGAGCCAGGCUGGCAGAGCAGGACUCCGAGAGAGGGACCAGCUCUUGGCAAUAAAUGGAGUUUCUUGUACCAGCCUCUCUCAUGCCAGUGCCAUGAGCCUCAUCGAUGCCUCAGGGAAUCAGCUUGUCCUCACUGUGCAGCGGGUAGCAGAUGAAGGGCCUGUGAGAUCUCCAUCCCCUGGGGGGCUUCAGGUGCUGUCACCCUUAUCUCCACUGAGUCCUGAGCCUCCUGGUGCUCCGGUUCCUCAGCCUCUUCAGCCUGGAAGCCUUCGCUCACCCCCUGACAGCGAGGCUUACUAUGGAGAGACAGACAGUGAUGCUGAUGGUCCUGCCACCCAGGAGAAGACCCGUCGGCCCCGCCGCCGAGGCCCCAUGAGGCCCACCCCUCCAGGAGCCCCACCUGAUGAGGUCUACCUGUCUGACAGCCCUGCAGAGCCAGCACCUGCCAGCACUGGCCCUCCCAGCCAGGGUGACAGCCGUGUGAGCUCCCCAUCUUGGGAAGAAGGGACAGCCCUUCAACCACCCCCAGCUGAGGCAUUGCUGUUACCCCAUGGUCCACUCCGGCCUGGCCCUCAUCUCAUCCCUAUGGUGGGACCUGUUACCCACCCAGUGGCAGAAGAUCUUACUACCACCUACACCCAGAAGGCCAAGCAAGCCAAACUGCAACGUGCAGAGAGCCUCCAAGAGAAGAGUGUGAAGGAGGCCAAGACCAAAUGCAGGACGAUUGCAUCCCUGCUAACUGCAGCUCCCAACCCUCACUCCAAGGGGGUGCUUAUGUUUAAGAAACGACGGCAAAGAGCAAAGAAGUACACCCUAGUGAGCUUCGGGGCUGCAGCUGGCACAGGCGCUGAGGAGGAAGACGGCAUCCCCCCAACAAGCGAGUCUGAGCUGGAUGAAGAGGCCUUCUCUGACGCCCGCAGCCUCACCAAUCAGUCUGACUGGGAUAGCCCCUAUCUGGACAUGGAGCUGGCCAGGGUGGGUUCAAGAGCAGCCGAUGGCCAGGGCCCCGGGCUAGGAGGGCAAUUGAGUGAGACCUCUGGCAGAGGGGUCCAGCUCUUUGAACAGCAGCGCCAGCGCGCAGCCUCCAGCAUCAAGGAGCUGGAUCAUGUGGGUCCAGCAGCCACGCUCAAUGGACAGGGUCUGCAGUCACCACCUCGGGCCCAGAGUGCUCCCCCAGAAGCUGCUGUACUCCCGCCCAGCCCUUUGCUGGCCCCUGUUGUCAGCCCUAGACCUUUUCUUCCAGAUGGUGGCGCACCGACCCCAGCUCCAAGCAUCUUUAACAGGUCAGCUAGGCCCUUUACCCCGGGCUUACAAGGGCAGAGGCCAGGUACCACCUCGGUUAUUUUCAGGCCCUCAGGCCCCAAGAGGGCGAAUGAAAGCCUGGGAGUCCUCAGCCCAGCUCCACCUCCCUUUGCGUCCUCUCCACAGGGGCCCACUUCUCUGCCCAGCUUCACCACAGGGGUGUCCAGCCUCGCGCCCGCCUCAGGUUCCCCCAGCAUACCACGCUCCUCGGGCCCUGUGACGGCUACCAGCUCCCUGUACAUCCCAGCCCCCAGUAGGCCUGUUACACCCGGGGGCGCCCCAGAGUCCUCCGCUCCUCCUAGCGCAGGUGCCAUGACCUCCACUGCUUCUAUCUUCCUGUCAUCGCCUCUGCGACCCUCUGCGCGCUCAGAGGGGCCGACUCCAGGCCCCGCGGCCCCUGAGCCCUCCAGCGCUCGGGAGCAGCGCAUCUCUGUGCCAGCUGCCCGCACCGGCAUCCUGCAGGAGGCCCGGCGCCGCGGGACCCGGAAACAGAUGUUCCGGCCAGGAAACCAGGAGACGAAGAACUCGCCCAACCCGGAGCUGCUAUCCCUGGUGCAGAACCUGGAUGAAAAACCCCGGACCGGCGGUGCUGAAUCUGGUCCCGAGGAGGACGCUUUGAGCCUCGGAGCUGAAGCCUGUAAUUUCAUGCAGCCACCAGGGGGCAGCAGUUACAAGACCCUGCCUCACGUGACACCUAAAAUUCUGGCUCCAAUAGCUCCCAAGACCCCACCCCCCAUGGCUCCUAAGACUCCACCCCCAGUUGCUCCGAAACCGGCAUCUCGAGGGCUCCUUGAUGGGCUAGUGAAUGGGGCGACCCCUCCAGCUUCAAUCCCUGAGCCACCAAGGCUGGGGGGCAGGGGUGGGGAGCUGUUUGCCAAGCGGCAGAGCCGGGCCGACAGGUAUGUAGUGGAAGCUACACCUGGUCCUGGUCUUGGCCCUGGUCCUCGGCCCAGAAGUCCAUCUCCUACCCCCUCGCUGCCCCCUUCAUGGAAAUAUUCACCUAACAUUCGUGCCCCACCUCCUAUUGCUUAUAACCCACUGCUUUCACCCUUUUUCCCCCAGGCUGCCCGAACACUCCCUAAUAAGGCUCAAUCUCAGGGGCCUCGGGCAACCCCCAAACAGGGCAUCAAGGCUCUGGAUUUCAUGCGACAUCAGCCCUACCAGCUUAAAUCUGCCAUGUUCUGUUUUGAUGAGGUUCCUCCAACUCCUGGCCCCACCUCCUCAGGGACCCCCAAAACUGUUCGAGUCCAGGAAAUCCGCCGAUUUUCCACUCCGGCACCCCAGCCCACUGCAGAGCCCUUGGCUCCCACUGUGCUUGCCCCUCGAGCAGCCACUACACUGGAUGAGCCCAUCUGGAGGGCAGAGCUGGCCUCAGCCUCUGUUUCUAGCCCAAUUCUUCCUCCAGAAUCUCCUAGGAGUCUUGGAACCACCCCUAGCUCCUGUAGUUUUCAGGUGGCCAGGCCCAGAUUCUCGGCCAUCAGAACAGGAUUACAGGCUCAUGUGUGGAAACCUGGAGCAGGGCACCAAUGAGCCGGAAAUAGGUCCCAGGACCAUGGAGAAGUGGAACAUCCAGUCUCUGAAGUGACUUCUCCUGCCCUAUCAUACCCUCAAGCAUCAGGAGGUUAAAUUCCCUCCAACCAGAAAUAGUUUUGGAGUUAAGCGUCCCAUCCCUAGCUUCAUCCUGACUUUCCCAUCUCCCUGCUGCUUUCCAACCUAUUAUCUCUGCUUUGGUAUCUUUGCUUCUCCUUGUCUCUGUAUUUACUUGCCUGGAACUCUCUUUAUCUCCUGGUCUCUCUAUCCAUGUGCCUCCAGAGGUCUCUAUUUCUUUACAUUUGUGCUUCCUCUGUGGGUCUCAUUUUAAUGUUCAGUGAGAAGCACACAGAAUGUAAGUAACACUGGGACCUCAGGCAAGGAGCUCCCCACUAACAGUCA